AUGGCUUUUGUCACAACGUUCUGCGCGUUUUUAUCUUUAAGUGUGCCUCUCAAUAUGGCUCAACUUGUGGGUCGUCGACUACCUUUACAAAACUUUCAAGAUUUCCAUCCGGAAGAUGGUCUUUUGGACAUUUUCCUGAACCCGACACCGAUCAUUUCAAAUGAUCACGCGCUGCUCGGCGCUAUUCUCGACUUGGAUUUCAAAGCGGAGGACGUGACUUACGAUCUUUACACCAAGGAUAACAAGGAGCAAGCUAUCCCCUUACGAACAGGUGACAUCGUCCAGCUGAAAAACUCCCCGUUUAAUCCCGAAUGGCCGACCAAGAUCAUUAUUCACGGAUGGAUAGAAAACGGAGAUACGUUUUGGUAUCACGACAUUCGACGGAAUUACCUUAGCAUCGGAGAUUACAACAUAAUUUGCGUGAACUGGUUCCCGGGCGCGAACAAAGAGUACCUAACAUCCGUUAGACUCACUCGUCAGGUGGGAGAAUACGUAGCUGCGUUUCUGGAAUUCCUCGGAUCGGAAGCGCAGGUCUCUUUCGACGACAUCCACAUUUUAGGACACAGUCUGGGCUCUCACGUAGCCGGAAACGUAGGUAGUUUCUCAUCGAAGAAACUCGGCCGAAUCACCGGUCUCGAUCCGGCUAGGCCAGCGUAUGAAACGCCUUAUCUGAAGGACACGGAGGAUCGACUGGACACCACGGAUGCGAAUUUCGUGGAUGUCAUCCACACCUGCGCCGGCGGCUUAGGCUUCGUCAGGCCGAUCGGCCACGUGGACUUUUAUCCAAACGGGGGAACGUUUAGGCAACCCGGGUGCCCAGUAUUUUCAGCCCAGUCUUGCAGCCACGGCAGGUCGCACCAAUUUUUCACCGAGUCCAUCGUACGUCCCGAUGCUUUCGUCGCGAUACAAUGCGUCAAUUGGAUGGACUUCCAGUUGGGCAAAUGCAACAGUAAUACCACCGCCAUCAUGGGCGAAUUCACCAGCGCUGACACUCAAGGUACCUUUUACCUGGAAACCAAUGCACAGUCACCGUUCGGAAGAGGCGAGAUAUAACGAGAGAGGCGAGGGGAAGUUUAGGAGAGACUUCGCACAUUUAUAUAUAUUACACGCUUAUAUAUGUUUUAUUAAUUAUCUGUACCGCGGGAGGAAACGUA